UCGUUCCAACCUACCCAGAUCUUCGAGGAGGGUACCACCGAAGAAAAGGGCGAGAAUGCGCGUCUGGCCGCCUUUGUCGGCGCCAUCGCCGUUGGAGACCUGGUGAAGAGCACGUUGGGUCCCAAGGGAAUGGACAAGAUCCUGCAGUCGGCGUCUACCUCCGAGAUGAUGGUGACCAACGACGGUGCUACGAUCCUCAAGUCUAUCGCUCUCGACAACGCCGCUGCCAAGGUACUCGUCAACAUUUCCAAGGUCCAGGACGAUGAAGUCGGUGACGGAACCACAUCGGUGGCUGUGCUGGCCGCCGAGCUGCUGCGAGAGGCCGAGAAGCUCGUGGAGAAGAAGGUGCACCCGCAGACCAUCAUAGAGGGAUACAGGAUUGCCAGCAAGGCCGCAUUGGAGGCUCUAGAGGAUGUGGCCGUGGACCACAGCAAGGACCCCGACGCCUUCCGCAAUGACCUCCUCUCCAUUGCCCGCACCACCCUCAGCUCCAAGGUCCUGUCUCAGGACCGCGAACACUUUGCACAGCUUGCUUGCGACGCCGUCCUUCGUCUGAAGUCGUCGUCUGACCUGAGCCACAUCCAGAUCAUCAAGAAGGCCGGUGGCAAGCUCAGCGACUCGUACCUCGACGAGGGCUUCAUCCUCGACAAGAAGAUUGGCGUCAACCAACCCAAGAGGCUUGAAAAGGCCAAGAUCCUUGUCGCCAACACGUCCAUGGACACGGACAAGGUCAAGAUCUUCGGCGCCCGCGUCAAGGUUGGAUCCACCAACAAGCUGGCCGAGCUUGAGAAGGCCGAGAAGGAGAAGAUGAAGGCCAAGGUGGAGAAGAUUAAAGCUCACGGCAUCAACUGCUUCAUCAACCGCCAGCUCAUCUACAACUGGCCCGAGCAGCUCUUCACCGACGCCGGCAUCAUGUCCAUCGAGCACGCCGACUUUGACGGCAUCGAGCGCCUGGCUCUCGUCACCGGCGGCGAGAUCACGUCGACUUUCGACCACCCGGAGCAGGUCAAGCUGGGACAGUGCGAGACAAUUGAGGAGGUGAUUAUCGGCGAGGACACCCUCAUCAAAUUUUCCGGCGUCGCCGCCGGCGAGGCCUGCACCAUCGUCCUCCGCGGCGCCACAGACCAGCUCCUGGACGAGGCCGAGCGCAGCUUGCACGACGCCCUGGCCGUCCUCUCCCAGACGGUCCGCGAGCCCAGGACGACGCUGGGCGGCGGCUGCUCCGAGAUGGUCAUGGCCAAGGCCGUCGAGGGUGCCGCCACCAGGGUUGAGGGCAAGCGCCAGCUAGCCGUGUCCAGCUUCGCCACCGCCCUCCGCCAGCUCCCCACCAUCCUGGCCGACAAUGCCGGUCUCGAUUCUGGCGACCUCGUCGCCCGUCUAAGGAAGGCCAUCUACGACGGUCUCACCACCUACGGCCUCGACCUGAUGACGCCCGGCGGUGGCAUCACCGACAUGCGCGACGUGGGUGUCAUCGAAAGCUACAAGCUCAAGAGAGCUGUUGUCUCCUCGGCAAGUGAGGCAGCUGAGCUCCUUCUCAGAGUCGACGACAUUAUUCGCGCGGCACCGCGCCAGCGAGAGCGCAUGUAA